CGCGUCGGUUCACUUCUGCACAAUGGCCGAGCCGAAUGCGGCGACGGCGGUCCCGGAAAAGGCAAAGGCUGAGAAGAGUCCAUGGCUCCACGCGCACCACAACGCGGUGGCUGGCAUCAAGGCGUUCUCGCCUUGCAUCAAGCUCGCCGACGUCUACGGCGACGGCGACUACAAGCUGCUCAUUGCAGACGCCGACCGCCGGCUCAAACUCUACAAAGGCACGACGCUCCUGAGCGAGCAAGCCGUCUUGGGCGAGCCCGUCGCACUUAGCGUCUUCUACUCGGACGCGGCGCGGCCACGCACGCCGUCGAUUGCGGUGGCCUCUGGCCCCUCGAUCUACAUUUACCGCAACAUGCGACCGUACUACAAGUUCACACUGCCGUCGCUCGAUGUGUCGCCGGACGAAACCAAGCUCUGGGGCCAGCUCGCCAAGUGCGAGGUCGACAUUGUCGGCGCCGUGCACCAGCUCAACCUCCUUCGGAGCCGCGGCACGCCACUGACGCAGCGCUCGCGUGGGUUUCUCGCGAUUGACGACAUGGAGCAGCAAGCCGAGUUUGUGUCGCGGUACAUGGACGACCCGCUCGUCGAGCACACGGCCAUCACGUGCAUGACCACGCUGAGCAAGAACAUGGACGAGAAGGACGCGAUUGGAUGUCUCGUCGUGGGCACCGAAGCGGGCCAGAUCUACGUGCUCGACCAACAAGGCGCCAACAUUGCGGCGAAAGCAUUCUUGCCGUCGACGCCCGUUGAAAUUGCCGUCAACGGACUCUAUGACGUCGAGUAUCGACUGAUUGUGUCGUGCCGGAACGGGUCCGUGUACACGGUCAAGAACGGCGAGCUGCUCAAGAGUGUGAUUGAGCUCGAGUCGCCCGCAUGCGCGCUCUUGCAGAUGGACAAGGGCAUCAUUGUGGCGUGUAUGGACCGUAAAGUCUCGUCCUUCCACCUCAAGGGCAAGAAGAACUGGUCCAUGAUUAUGCCCCAAGACGUGGUGGCCAUGGAGGCGCUCAACCUUCGCCGCACCAAACACUCGAAGGGCAUUCUGAUCGCGCUCCGGAAGGGCGAGAUCCUUCUCUACAAUGAAAAGAUCAAGGUCACGUCGUUCCACCUCGACAGCCUCCUCACAGGCAUGGUCUUUGGCCAGUUUGGCCGAGAAGAAGCGUCGCUUGUCCUCGUGCACAAGUCGGGGGCUCUGACACUCAAGAUUCUACAGCGCAACGCGGAUCUGGAAGGCACGUCAACGUCGUCGGGGCCGCCCCCCGAGCAAGAUAUUCCGCUCAACGUGCCCAAGAAGACCAAGCUGUACGUCGAGCAAACGCAACGCGAGCGGGACCACGCGAUCGAGAUGCACCGCCAUUUCCAGCGGGAUUUGUGCAAGCUCCGUCUCACGACCGUGCGGUCAUACGUCAAGGUCAUUCGCGACGGCCAGGGCCCCGUCUCGUUUGCGACGGGGGCGUCGAUUCGCCUCAACGCCAAAGUGCAAGGUCUCGGCCCGCACUUCAAGAUCCAGCUCCAGUUGCAGAAUUCCGGCGCCAAGUUUGUCGCAGACAUCCCGAUUGCGCUGCACUAUGACCAUGGCCUGUACCGCAUUCCGCAAAGCCUCUUGCAGAUUCCGCUGCUCUUGCCCGGCGUCCAGUACGCGUACGCGAUCGACGUCGAGAGCAUCGACGCAACGGGCGCGGCCGACAGCAUCUACAUCUUUGUGUGCGGCAAGGACAGCUGCGUGCCCAUCGUGUCGGCGGUCGUCAACAUGCCUCUCAGCGACGUGCCGUGCGCCAUGUAG